AUGAACAACGGGGUUCAGGCGGCACUAGACAUUGGUGCCACCGACCUUGGCAUUAUUGGUGAUUCGAGACUGGCAAUCCAGCAGUUACUAGGGGUGAUUACGUGUAAGAAGGAGUCGCUGAUGACCCAACUCAACCACCACCGAGAACUCGUUGCACGACUAAAGUCAGGCAAGUACCUACACGCCGUACGAGAGUACAAUGCGUCGGCCGACUCGUUAGCAACGGAAGCAUUGGAAAACAAGGCGUCAAACGUCAUCUAUGCACCCAUCACCGAGUCCUCGGCGGACGAACCCUCGGUUAGCAUCGCACAAGCGCAAUUUCAGACGCGACAUUUGCGACACAUGGAACCGCCAUGGCGAUCCGGAACCGUCCUGGAGCGGCGUCGAAAAAAUUUCUUCGAUUUUGAUCUAACUGUAACGACCAGGCUACAAGCUAGGUCGAAGCUUAAACGCGUCAGAUUUGCCGACGAAACCUCGGUGACAGGUGGAGAAGACGUAACACAACGAGAGGAAACCAACGGUGUGCCAACAGAGGAUUCAGUCCGUCAGGAAGCGGAGUUAUCAAGAGUAACGGCACCCAACGGUUAUACCCCCGCGUUGCCUGACGCGGAAGACAUGGGCCCCCUAACGGCCCAAAGAGAAUAUCGAAGAAGGAUCGCAACUGCUCAGGACGAGGAGUUACGUUCUCCGUGGGGAAAAAUCAACCCUAACGUACCGUGUAGUGAGAAAAUGUCCGAUCACUUCGUCCUAAGUGAGGAGAAUGUACUCUACUACGUGGGAACGAGGCCUCUGAGGCGUGACCAACAGCAAGAAGACGCGAUGCUGCGUCUAGUGGUACCCUUAACGAUGAUUCAAGAGGUACUGCAGAACUGUCACGACUCGUUAGAAGGAGGCCAUCAAGGGAUCGCUCGGAUUUUCUACAGAGUGAAGUUGGAUUAUUCUAUACGCAGACGUAGCGAGGCACGUGUGGUCCUGUCCCGAUUCUCAAGCAAAAGUCGACCAACGAUCCGCGGAUACUCCCCGGGGAACAUACUAGCGGAACGACCGUUUCAGGUUGUCUCGAUGGAUUUUGUAAUACCCUUACCGAAGUCUCGGCGGGGUAAUACAGCGCUCUUACUAUUCCAAUGCGCAUUCACGGGGUAUGUAAUGGGCAAAGCUAUGGCAGACACGACUGCUCUGAGAGUAGCCCAAGCCUUUGAGGAGUGUAUGUACCAAAGAUUCGGUGCGCCCCCCCUCAUCAGACAUGACAGAGACCCUCGAUUCAUGAGUGAGGUGUACCAGUCGUUCACCUAA